CCCGGCCUGCAACGCGCGGCGCAGGCGCAGUGGCCGUGGCGGCGGCGGCGGCAGCGGAGGUGGCCACCAUGUCGGAAAAGAAGCAGCCGGUGGAUCUGGGGCUCCUGGAGGAGGACGACGAGUUCGAGGAAUUCCCGGCCGAAGACUGGGCCGGCUUGGACGAGGAUGAGGACGCGCACGUUUGGGAAGAUAAUUGGGACGAUGACAACGUGGAGGACGACUUCUCCAACCAGCUUCGAGCUGAGCUGGAGAAGCACGGGUACAAGAUGGAGACCUCGUAGCAGCGCCCAGGGCCAGGGAGAUGGCGGCGGGGCCGAGGCCUGGGGGCCCGAGGGGCCCGGCCGCCAGGAUAGGCCUGGCUCUGAGGCGGAUGACAAUAAAUGGUUUGAUCUCAGCCUGUGGUCCUUUGUUGGGAAGGGAGGAGUCUGCUCAGGAGCCCCGGGGGCCAGAGAAAUCUGUCUGGUGGAGGAGCAGCCUCUGUCUGAGCCCCGGGCCUUCCCCAGCUCUGCCCAAGCCCUAUUAAAGAUGUAUUUGAUGUUGGA